GCUAUCACAGGGGUGAUGUCGUGUACGCCACCGUCGGGGAGAAGUCGCCGGUUCUGCCCGACCUGUCCGUGACACAGGGGCACGCAUUUGUCGAACCCAGCGUUCUGCCUACGCGCUAUUCCGCCAACUGUUCGGGCACCGGUUUUGCCUUCGACGUGUUGACCGGUCUGGCGACAUGGGAAGGCCACCAGAUCUUCCAGCUGGAUAUUGUCAACGGGGACUUUCAGCUCAACCCAGAAGAGUCCCUGACCAGGAGUUUGGAUCACACUGGAGACAGCGCAACCCGGCGGAGCAUUGGGCCCCUUGCGUGCACGAUCUUCAAGCACUUCGAGUAUCCGCCUCUGGGACGCGGAAUCGCCCUCCACCACCAACUGCAGAUCGAACUGAGGGACCACACCUGCUGGGCCAAGAAGGUCCAAAGCUUCGCCAGUCGCACCGACAAG